GGGACCAGAGCGGGCGCUACCAGGAGGCCGUCUUCUACUAUAAGGUGCGGCGGGGGAAGGCCUAGGGGCGGGCGCUUACGGCGGGGGAUGGCGGAAGGCCGCGCGGAAAGUUUGUCCACCCCCGGUUAGAGCGGCGCAGCCCGGCGGUGUGAGGGUGGGGCUGGGCCGGGUGGCGAUCGUUGGCGUUUAUCAGCGUUUGCUGAACGUUACUGGAGAUCAGGCGGUGGCUGUGAGCACAGGGAGGCGGUGGGCAGUGCGUUUCAGCAGUGGUGGCAGUGGGUCACCUCUGCUGGUGCAGGUUUGUGUGAGGGCAGCGUGCAGGCUCCUGUUCACGACUGGCAAAAAUGCACGGCUAAUGGUGGUGACAGCGCUGAAAAACUGUGUGCUGUAGCUGAGAAUUUGUUCUGUGAGAAUUCGUUCGGAUAGUGUUAUUGUGCUCUUUGUAUCAGUUGUCAUUUUCAUGGAAAUAAAUAGGAGGCAUUACUUUUGGGGUGACCCAUGUAGAAAGACCAUACUUGGGUUUCUGUGUGAAAGGAUAGCAUCAUAGAACGGCUUGGAUUGAAAUUUCUCCUAUUCUGGGAGAGAUUCCUACAUGGGAAGAGGAAUAUCUGCAUUUAGCCUUCGUUGUUAGCUUAGGGUGACCUAAGUUUACUAUGGGAAGUGUGUGUACAAAAGUUGUAAUUAGCAGUAAUAAUGCUGAUAAGGUCUGUGCCUCUCGGCAACACAUGCAUGAUAUCUGUUAGCUGUGCACAUACUGCUUUGUGACAGCACACUUCUGACACAUCUGCAAGAACCUGUCAGCUGCUCCUCAGAAGAAAACCAUCUUUUUUUUUGUGCAAAUAAUCACUCUUCUGCUUUUUCAUACAGCACACAGGAAAUUAUUUUCCCGUGCUGCGUUUAGGUGAUGCUUCUAAAAUCAGAAAGACACCCCUCAUCCCUCAGGCUAAAUGCAGCAAGGAGAAUGCUUUGUGGUUUGCACAUGUGAGGACACAGAGCACUGUGAGUAUGGGCACUGCUCUGCACAAUGAAAGCUUUGGAUCACAGCUCUGCAGAUAGAGGUUUUGAUGCUCAGACAGGAGGUUCCUCACAGCACAAAAUCAGGUGUUGGUUCUUGUAUCACCUUCUGUGUGAAGGUAUCUGACCUGUUACCAGCUUUUUUAUUAUCUGUUUGUGCGUUUAGUAAGCACACAGGUGAGAAAUUGGAUUCUGCAAGUACUUGACCUGAGCAUGAAGCAUGGGAAAUGUCACUUCUUGUUGCUGAUAGACAACAAACAGAAUGUCUGAAUGGAUUUGCUGUCUGUUUGCUUGCGAUGGAUCAGAAAUACCAGCUCCGAACCACGCCUACAUCCUAUGACAGCUGGCAUUGGCACUGCAGCUUAAUGCAUAAGGGUCUGUUUGCACCUUGAAACCAGGUAGAACAGUUGUGGUCCAAAUCAGGGAAAUCAUCAGUUAUGCAUGGAUUUGGAGGCACUGGUUUGAAGAUCUCUGUAUUUUUCAUCAUGCUCACCAUUGCAAUACAGCAGCACCUCUGCUACUGGUGUGCCACAGAUGUGUGUGCACUCCUGGAGCAGAUGUCUGUAAUGUGUUUUUCUCAAAGCUAGUUGUAUGCUAGACGUUAGCAGUACUUAAUUGCUACAUUUAAAUGAAACUGGACACAUGUUUGCCUUUCUGUUGCUGUGAGCACUUCACGUGGUGUAAUACUUGAAUGGAGCUUACAAGCAGGAGAUGAACUGACUUUAUGCAGGUUGAUAGUGAUAGAACAAGGGGGAGUGGGUUUAAACUGGAAGAGGGGAGGUUUAGGUUAGAUGCCAGGAAUAAACUCUUCACUCAGAGGGCAGUGAGGCCCUGGCACAGCUGCCCAGAGAAGCUGUGGUGCCCCAUCCCUGGAGGUGCUCAAGGUCAGGUUGGAUGGGGCCCUGGGCAGCCUGAGCUGGUGAGUGGCAGCCCUGCCCAUGGCAGGGGGUUAGCACUGGUGGGUGGGCUUUGGGGACCCUUUCAAUGUGAUUCUAUGAUUAUGAUGAUGGAUGUUGACAGGGUGUAUGCAGUGCUUGCUUCUGUGAUGCUCAGCAGUAAAAUAUUAACCCUGAUAAAUAAAGGUUGUAUUAGGAUUGGUUCUAAGCUUGGGCAGAUAGGGUGGGUGCAUGUGGGAGUAAAUUGACAGCUUUGGCAAAAUCAUAGCCACAAAGCAAGCGAGAGCCCCUCUGGCCCCAGCUCUGUGCUUGCCCUGCACAGAGCCGUCUUCCUGAAGACCAUCGCUGGAGAGCAGCACUGACAGUUAUUGUUCUGCUGCCUACAUACGUGCCUGCUACGUGACUGCCUCCUUCCCUCACCCGCUGCUGCUGGGAAGGAGAGCGCUGCUGUGCGAAUGUGGGUUGUUGGGUUUUUUCCCCUAUGCCAAUAAUGAGGAAGCUGCACAAGCCUUGAUUUAUGCUGGCAUGGCAGGGUCAAGCUUGGAAAAUAUUCAAGAAAAAAUUAAUGAGUAUUUGGAGAGAGUUCAAGCUCUCCAUUCAGCAGUUCAAUCUCAGAACACAGACCCUCUGAAGUCAAAACAGCAGUUGGACUUGGAGCGUGCUCACUUCCUAGUUACACAGGCUUUUGAUGAAGAUGAUAAAGGCAAUGCAGAAGAAGCUAUAGAGUUGUACACGGAAGCGGUGGAGCUCUGUUUGAAAACAGCUACAGAAACUUCAGAAGCAGGCCUGCAGUCAAAACUGAAACAACUGGCUCGGCAAGCAUUAGAUAGAGCAGAAGCACUGAAAGUAUCGAUGUCAAAGUCAUCUCAGAAGGAGAAGUCAACUGCUGCUAAACCAAAUCAGCCCGUCAGAACAUUCUUUCCACUGGGACCUGACUUUUCUUUAAAUGAUAAACCACAGACAAUCAGAGCAGUGCAAGCUAGUGAAUCUCAAGGUCAGAGGUACACUGCAGAGGAGAUUGAAGUACUCAGAAAGACUUCAAAAAUUAAUGGCAUUGAAUAUGUCCCUUUCAUGAGCGUUGAUCUGAGGGAACGUUUUGCCUUCCCUAUGCCAUUUUCUGAUAAAUGUGGGAAGUUGCCAUUAUCCCCCAAACAGAAAGCAAUGUUUGCCAAGUGGGUACGGCCGGAUGACAUAACAAAUAACCCUACGAUGAUUUAUACUGUGUCAAGCUUCAGCAUAAAGCAGACAAUAGUGUCAGAUUGUUCCUUUGUGGCAUCACUAGCUAUCAGUGCUGCAUAUGAAAGAAGAUAUAACAAAAAGUUGAUUACGAGUAUCAUUUACCCUCAGAAUAAGAAAGGAGAACCAGAGUAUAAUCCAUGUGGCAAAUACAUGGUGAAACUUCAUAUCAAUGGUGUACCUAGAAAGGUGAUCAUAGAUGACCAAUUACCUGUUGAUCAUAGUGGGGAGCUUCUGUGCUCUUAUUCUAACAAUAAGAAUGAAUUGUGGGUAUCACUAAUAGAAAAGGCUUACAUGAAGGUCAUGGGAGGAUAUGAUUUUCCUGGAUCAAAUUCUAACAUCGAUCUCCAUGCGCUGACUGGUUGGAUACCUGAAAGAAUUGCUAUGCACUCUGACAAUCAAGCUUUUGAUAGAGAUAGCACUUUCAGAAUGCUCUAUCAGAGAUUUCAUAAGGGAGAUGUCCUUAUCACAACAGCAACAGGUGUGAUGUCUGAAGAGGAAGGAGAAAAAUGGGGUUUAGUUCCAACCCAUGCCUACGCAGUCUUGGAUAUAAGAGAACAUAAGGGGCUUAGAUUCCUCCAGUUGAAAAAUCCAUGGAGCCACUUACGUUGGAAGGGACGAUACAGUGAAAAUGACACAAGAAGUUGGACCCCAGAUUUACAAAAAUACUUGAACUUUGAUCCAAGAACAGCUCAGAAAAUAGACAACGGGAUUUUCUGGAUUGCCUGGGAGGACCUGUGCCAGUACUAUGAUGUUAUUUAUUUGAGUUGGAAUCCAGGUCUUUUUAAAGAAUCUACAUGUAUUCACAGUACUUGGGAUGCAAAGCAAGGCCCGGUGAAGGAUGCCUACAGCCUGGCCAACAACCCGCAGUACAAGCUGGAGGUGCAGUGCCCACAGGGUGGAGCUGUGGUCUGGGUGCUGCUGAGUAGACACAUCACAGAUAAGGAUGACUUUGCACACAAUAGGGAAUUUAUUACUAUGGUUGUAUACAAGACUGAUGGCAAGAAAGUUUACUAUCCAGCUGAUCCUGUUCCAUAUAUCGAUGGCAUUCGGAUCAACAGUCCUCAUUAUCUGACCAAGAUAAAGCUGACCUCUCCAGGAACGCAUACGUUCACAUUAGUGGUGUCUCAGUAUGAGAAACAAAACACUAUCCAUUACACCAUCAGGGUGUACUCCUUGUGCAAGUUUACCUUUUCCAAGAUCCCUACACCUUACACCAUUUCCAAACGGGUUAACGGACAAUGGAAAGGUCACAGUGCUGGAGGAUGUGGGAACUUCAGAGACAGCUACAAAAAUAACCCCAUCUAUCAAUUCCAACUGGACAAGAGUGGGCCAUUACUAAUUGAACUGCGUGGACCAAGGCAGUACAGCGUUGGGUUUGAAAUUGUCACUGUCUCAACAGUAGGAGAUCCUGGUUCCUAUGGCUUUCAGAAGAAGAGCAGUGGGGACUACAGGUGUGGAUUUUGCUACCUGGAAGUGGAGAACAUCCUCGCCGGAGUCUACAACAUUAUCCCCACCACCUUCCUGCCUCAACAAGAGGGCCCUUUUUUCUUAGAUUUUAAUAGCACUUCUCCUCUUAGGGUAUCGCAGCUUCAGUGAGGAGACAGACUGAUGCAUGGCUGUUUAAGGACGUACUCCUGAACUGCCCUGCAGCCUCAGAAAGGUGAAUAACUUACUACAGAUAUGCAUAAAAUAAAAUCGCAUUCUAAGUUAUAGCCAAGAACACAGUCACCAAUUUGGCAGUUGAUCGUGACAGAAAAUUAGAUGUGGUUUUUGCUGCUAUAGUAUUGGCAUGAGCACUGUUCAGCAGGCCUGUGAACAAGCUAAAGUGCUAUAUUCAGACAAACUGGAAGAACAUAAUUUGCUGCAGUUUUUCUACAGUUCAAAUCAAAAUCUAGUGAGUUCAGAGAAAAACUAACACUGAAAUUCUCUCCUCCUAAAGUACAGGUCUAGGGGUAGAAGAUUUUAUUCUGAAAUGUAAAAAUGUAAGAAAAAUAUCCUUGUGUAUUCUGCUUAUUCAUUCUCAGGCCCAACUAUGUAGUAAUUGCCAUUUAUACUGCUGCCUCGACUGUUUACAGCAUUGAAGCACUUCUCACGUUUAAAUGUGAGUUCAUAGCUGCUAAGCACAUAUUCCAGACUGCCACUAAUCAUGUUCAGCUUAUCUCAAGUAUGUACACAGGAGUAAAAGAUAAGGAAGACCUCAGCUUUAGCUACUUCUAAAAAAAGCAAAGGAUUCACUCUUACUAUCUGAACAAUAAUUUUGUGUUACUUUAGUACGCAUCAUAGCACAAGGCAGAUAUGGCUUUCUUACUGCAAGCUGCCAGACCCCACCACCAGAUGGGGAUCAGCAUUGAGAUGGGGAGGGUAACCACCAGCAGUGAGCAGAGCAUGCCCUUCACUUGGCAGAGGGGAAAAGGUUUUCAUCCAAAGGUGUGCCAGAAGAUUCUCUGUACCAACUGAAGUAGCCUCAUUUGCUGGUGCUGCUGGGAGAGUGAACUACCCACUAUUGGCACUCUAGCAAAGCAAUGUUUUAUCCUUGUUACUUUUACAAGUGUUUGGCUCAUAGGAGAAGGAUCAUUUAAGCCUCCUCCCUUCCUGAACUGCAGCUGCUAGAAGGGGGCUUGCUGCUCCUGGUAUAGAAGAUCUCUGUCCUGGAAGUUACCUUUUGCUUCUAAAUUGAAACUGAUGAAAAAGUGUAGCAGUUGGCCAGUGGCAGCAGUAGGAACACGGUUAAAGUUCUUAAGAAAGCAGUGGAAUUGGGAUGACUCCAGGAAAAACAUUGUUAGAAGGCUAUUGCCUGCAUUCCUAUAAGAUAUACACACACAGAAUAGCUGAAGAGGAUUAACGAUAACUGAGUUUCUUUCCUUCUUAAUUCAAAUACUAACUGAUCUUAAUGUUGCUGGUUGUUUUUUCCUUGAAUGACAGAACUGCCUGUGACAAAAGGGUGCUUUUAAAGCCACCACAGGAAGCUCUUUGCCCUUCCUGUUUGUCAAGUUUUCAAGCAAAAAGGUGGCAUUUUCAGAGCACAGGUGCCACUUGUUUGUUAGGAAACUCAGCAUGUGCUACAGAAGAACCAGAAAUACCUGGGGGUAAAAUUACUCCUGCAGAAGUCUCUUGGCCCUCUCCAGAUAGUCGGAGCUCCUUUCUACUUCAUCUCCACCAUCAGGCAGCUGGUUAGUGAACGUCUGGCUUUCAAAGGACAGUGAGUACACACACACACACACACACACACACACCUUUUCGGACUGCAGUUCUCUCAGAGGCCAUGUGGGCCUUGUGCUGAGCUUUCUCAGUGUGAUGUACCACCUUUUGCAGCAUAUCAGCACAGAGAACAGCAUGGGCAUAAGCUGAGCAAAAACCUAUUAGGUUCUUCGCAGCUGUCCUGGGCUUCUGGGUGCAGCCAGUUGUGCCAAGGACCGUUCCUCCCUACUGAAUUUAAACUUCAUUUGCUUACGUGUUCCCUGUAACCCUGUGUUAUGUGUUUUGCUCAGGUUAAAGCAGGGCAGCAGUCCUGCAUGUAUUUUAUCACCUAUGACAUCUGAACUUUCAAAAUUACAAAAGGCAGAUGCCAGAACUGCUCUUACUUCUCCCCAGCUGUUAAGAUCAAGCUGGUAGACCACAGUAAAAUCAAGUUCUCAUCUGUACUAGGAUUCUGGUCUAGAGUAAGUUUUUUCUGUUUAUUUAUUUCUUCCUCCUCCAAGCACAUGCUGGUGCCAAAGCUUAUGGUGGAAGAAACAAGCAUAUAAGGCUCAGCUUCCAUAUUGUACUGAAGCAAGAGCAAGGAACGUACUUACUUUCUCAAUGCUCCACCAAUGCUGUAUCUUAGCAACACGUUACACACAGUAGUCAGUGGAUGGGGCUUAUGCCUGUAAGGGGACAGGACUGAAGUUUGGUAUUGCUGCCCUUUUAAUUAAGUCUUAUUCAAAUACUGCACCUACAUGGUCAGUGGAAUAUCACUGUUUACAGAAUGCUCAGGUGUAGUGUUUCCAAGGAAAUAGAAAAUAUUCUUGUAACACGCUCCAGUCUCUGCCCCUUCUGCUUGUAACAAAUUCCUCUUAUGGUAUUUUCUUGCCCCUUUUUUCUUAGAGAAAUUGUUCACAUAAGUAUCUGUAUUUUCCUUUGAUCUCUUCUGCCAAAUACAUAACUCUUUUUUUUUUUUUCCACAAAUCUGAAAAAAAUGAGUGGAGGGUGAACUGCUCCUUAAAUUACAGCACAGCCUCAGCUGAAGACACGGGUUAUGUUAUUCUUUCCCUUACUUCAUUGCUAUGAUUACACCAUAGAGAUUAAAAAAUGCUAUGACAGAAUAUUAGAUACUGAGUUAAGCUGGGAAAGGUUGUACUGCAAAACUUCCAGCUGUAGGGAGGGGAACUGAAAGAGCUGCACAGCCACAGCUCAGAGUGGAGCAAGGGAACACUGCCCACAUCACUUCCACCAUGACAGUUAUGACCCUCAACUCUUCUCUGCCUUUUAAACAUGAAAAUACAAAACCUCAUUAAAUUUACCAACAAGCAUACUUCACUCUGAGUGUACAGUAUGUGACUAUUGAAAACUGUCCAAGCUGCAAAACAAGGCAGCCAAAUACCAAUGAAAGCUGGAUGUUGGGAGGAGCUCUAAGAGCGUUUAUACUUUCUUUGAUUCACUGAGGGAAGAUUACAACAAAUAGAUGAUUUUUACUUCUGUCAUUGGUGCUGAGGGACAACUGGAGAACCCUCUUCAGAAGUUUUAACGUUCUCCAUGCUUAUACACUGAGAAAGCUUUUCUGUAUUUUGGUUUGGGGUUUUUGUUUGUUUUAAAUCCUACCUUAGAGCUCCAUACAAGACCCUGUGUGCUGCUUUUGGUAACUCAGGAUGAGCCACCCCCCCCCCCCAGCACAUGCAUCUCUGGUUGUUAUGCUGGGAAUGCAUGGGAUGAGUCCUUCGUAGUCAGACCCAUCAGUUUUCCAAGGCUUUCUGCAAUUCAGUACAUGGAUGAAUGGUAACAACACUUCCUCUUGCAUCUGCCUCAUGAGUCUUGAGUUUCAGUCAUACUUUGCUGCUGCAAGUCUCACUGAACUGUUUUGUACAGUGAUUACACAGCUGACCAUGCAGACAAUACGGUGUUGGAACAACUGGCUGCUUACAAUUAAAUCUACGUACAGAACCACAGAGGUUUUCAUUGCUUAGUCAAACAAGGACAUAUUAAUUUGUGUGAUAAUGCCAAAGAGUAGAAGAAUUCCUACGUUAACUGUUGCUUUAUACAUUCUCGCUGCUCACAAAUACUUUGAUACACCAGAGGCUUAUUUUUAUACCCAUGAAGGCAGCUACUAUCACAUUACACAUCAGGAUACGUAAAGAUUCCAACAGAAAAGUAACUGGAAAAAAACUUGCUGAUUUACCUGUACUCCCCAGUGAUGUAUGUUCAUUUAAGUUUGUCAUAUUUAUAAUUACAGCUUUUACAGAGUUUAAAAUAAAAUGAGUUUUCCAUUAA